CAUAUUUAUCGAAAAAAAAAUGAAAUGGCCGAGUAGUUCCGAAUGAAUGUUCAAAAACGGAAGUAGGAAGUAAACAGAAAAUAACCGCGAAAUUUAGUUCGUUUACAAGAUAAACACCUCAUAAAGACCAGCAUGUCUUCGCAUCUAGCUUUAAAAUGCAUUGCCAGUGUUGCGACGCCGCCUGUAUCACUUACAAGGCGUGAAGAAGGUUCAUUUUACUGUCACAUUGCUGUGCCAAUAUCAGACCAGCUGGUUGUGUUCAGUGAGGGUGACUGGGAGGAAGAAGGUCGGGAGUAUGAGGUCAAUCUGCGCUACAAGGAUGAUGAAAUCAAUCUAGGGAAAAUCACAAGUGGAAACAGGUGUUUGUUGUGGAAGCAAAUUGACAUGAUGGUCCCACCUCUCAUGUUGAGUGAGACAGAGAAAGGGCUGGCCAAGCUGGUGGUUGAUAUCUGUGAAUAUAUUGCCCCACCCCCUCAACCUAUCCCUGUGGCCACUUUCGACCUAGAUCUGAUCACUACAAAUGAAAACACUCCACAGUUUUUUGAUGAGAAAAAGAGCACCCCUGAUCGACCACAGAAAAAGCGUCGUAAUAGCCUAAAUAAGGAAGACAUUACUCCAAGUGGUCCUACCAACAAAAAGCAGAAAACAACCACCAGAAUGCGAAAGACUACGCCAAAGACUGCUAAGCCAGAUAAGAAAGUAAAAGACUCUGAUGAGGCCAAAGUAGCCUCCGCUAAAACCCAGAAGGACUCCCCUAAACCUCAGUCUGCUGAUAGAAAAAUAAAGAAAAAUGCUGAAAGUAAAACAGCAAAACCAGACAAGAAAAUAAAAGACUCUAAUGGGGCUAAAGUAACCUCCCCUAGAGACAAGAAGGACUCCCCUAAACCUCAGUCUGCUGACAGAAAAACAAAGAAAAAUGCUGAAAAUAAAAGUUCACCAAAAGUUGGCAAGAAAGAAAAAGAUUCUCCUAAAGGUACAAGAAAGAAAUCUACACAAUCUAAUGCCAAUAGUUCUGAUGUUGGUGAAAAGCAGCCUAGUGAUAAAGUGAGCGGAAAUGAAAAUGUAGAUGCUAAGGAUCGCAGUAAGGAUGAUGUCCAAAGUGUAACAGAAACUAAAGACACAUCAAAACAUGCACGGAGAAAAUCUGAACCAAGAAAAAAGUCAGAAGUUUUAGGUGUUCUUGGAGAUAAAAUUGUAGAAAAUCAGGAAAAUAAAUGCGUCAGAAAAAAUCGACAGACUGAUAAAGCUAGCAGCACAAAUACAGUGGAAUCAGAUUUAGUCACACAGAAGUCUGAUAAGGAAAAUAUUGACUUCGAUAUUGUAAAUACUGAGAAAAAAGAUGGCAUGGAGGGUGUUCAUAAAUUAAAAAAUAGUAAUAUCGAUUUGCCAGAAGAGAGAGGGAAAAUGGCAUCAUGCAAAGAUAUUACUUUACGAGCUUUGGAGCGGCCGAGUGGUAGAUGGGGUCACAGCUUGUGCUUCAUCCAUAAGAAACAGUCCGUCCUUAUUGGAGGCCAGGGUGAAAAGUCUCAACUCUGCAAAGACUCAGUCUGGACGCUUGAUACAGAGACCCGACGUUGGCUAGAUAUGGUGACAGAGUCUGAGAGCCAGAAACCAGAGUAUCGAAUGGGUCACACGGCCACAUACGACCCAAUUGUGCGCUGUAUCUACGUGUUUGGAGGUUCCAAAAACACCCGUUGGUUCCAUGACGUUCAUAUGCUUGACAUUGAAGAAUGGAAAUGGCAACUUUUAAAGGUUAAUGGUAAAGCUCCAACCCGAGCCUAUCAUAGUGCUACGCUAUACCGACACGAGCUGUGGAUAUUUGGUGGUGUGUACCCGCGUCCCGACCCACAGCCAGACGGGUGCAGUAAUGAGAUCCAGAUCUUCAGUCCAGUCAUGGAAAGCUGGUACAGCCCUAUCGUUUCAGGGGAGAAACCUAUCCCCAGAUCUGGGCACUCCGCCACCCUUCUGAAUGACCAGCUGGUGGUGUUUGGGGGUUGGGAUGCCCCAAUCUCAUACAGUGACCUCCACAUCCUCGACAUGAGCAUAGUGGAAUGGACCCAGCCGAAGGUAUCUGGCUCACCACCAAGUCCUAGGAGCUGGCACGCCUCCUGUGCUCUCAGUAAUAAUCGGGUGAUGAUUCAUGGUGGAUAUAACGGGGACUUUGCUCUAGAGGACACACAUAUCUUCAACCUUGAUGCAUUAUGUUGGAGCCAGAUCGUGGUUGACAGUCCCCCAUCGGCGCGGGUGGGGCAUAAGGCCCUGUGUAUGCCGUACCGCAUUGAUAACGGAGAGGAGGACGAGGUUAUUAUCUUUGGAGGUGGGGACAAUGAUGGCGCUUACUUUGACGAUCUCUACAGCAUGUACAUACCAUUCAGUGCGGGUAUCGAAUCUAAAGACAGUGAAAUGUGUACCAGCUGAUAGUGAAAUGUGUACCAGCUGAUAGUGAAAUGUGUACCAGCUGAUUGUGAAAUGUGUACCAGCUGAUAGUGAAAUGUGUACCAGCUGAUAGUGAAAUGUGUACCAGCUGAUUGUGAAAUGUGUACCAGCUGAUAGUGAAAUGUGUCCCAGCUGAUCUUACAAUGUAUUAUAUGGCCAUUGUUUCUUCGCUGUUGAUUUGAUAAUUGAAAGACAACCAUAUAACCUUUACUUGUACCAUUUCGAAGAGUGUUUGUUUUGUUUUUGAGUAUGUACUAAUUCUCAUAUCUGAACGGUAAUUAGUGGUACGGUGCAAUAAAAAGCAUGCAGAUAAUAAACAAUGAGGGAUAGACUUCAGCAAAAAAAAUGAAAAUGAAUCAAUGCAAGCCUUAGUGAAUGAAGGUAUACAUAACUCACGCUGUACACUUGUGUAUGAUUAGAGUGUUAUGUGUAAUACGCAUUGACAUGUGUACAUUGUUACUGCUCUGACAGUUGUAUCUGCCUGUGAAGAUGAAUAAGUGUUAUCCUUUUUGUGGAGUAGUUGUGAAAAUGUAUACACUUUUAUUUUUUAUUCUAACUCAUCUCAUUAGGCAACUUUUUUAUAGACAGUAUAACAAACACUGAUUUGUGUACUUGUAGCUCUGAGUCUUUACAUGUAUACAAGCCUUCAGUUAUUCACUGAUGCAGAGAUCAAGAGUACUGAAAUCAGCUUUGCUCAUUGAGAACAUUCUCUUCUAGUUCAACACAUUAGCCUUCUUCAUAUCUGUAGAAUUAAAGCAAAUUGUAUCAAAUACAGAUAAUAAAAUUUUAAAAAAUG